ACGUCAAUCAAAGGCAGAGCUCAGAGCUAGGGAAGGAGCUGUAGAUGGCGGCUCAGCCCUGGGAAGGGUGCAUAGGCUUUCGACGCACGCUUUCUGGCCUGGCUACUGCCAGUUUUCCUUCUUAAAUGGUCAUAUUUGGACGUUUAAACUUUUCCGGACGCAGUUUUAGCCGUUUUUGUAGGUUUUGGUCGGGUUUGGAGCUGUAUUUUGUCACGAAAGAACGGAGUGUGCUGUCGGAGUGCUGUCGUUGUUUUCAGAGCAGACUGUGGCGGCCAUGGCGUUCCUCCAUUUGCAGUGCGCUGCUCCCAUGGCUGCUCCCAGUCUGACAGCAGGCGAACACCAGUAGGCCUGCAGCCUUUCACAUGGAACAUUUACUCAUCAUUUCUCGCUUAACUGUACUUUUACAGCAUUUUAUUCAAACCGGGAAAUAUCCCGAGUCCGUAUUAAAGCGAAGUUUGAUUUAGUACUUCUGUCGUAGGCUACCAGCUUUCACUGUUUAGUUCUGCCUCGUUUCCAUUGUGAAACCUAUAGAUUACUCUUUUGUUAUGUUUAAAAGUGUUAUUUGUUAAUAUUUAUGCGAUGACGCAGUAACAAUUGGGCUUUCUGCAUGCUGCUCAGUGUCCGGACUACACUGAAUGAGACAGUGAGGUUUGCACUACUGUACAGAAACUAUCAUGACUAUCAUCACCUAUGCCAUAGCUACAGGUUUCUUCCAGGCAAAUCAUGUUUGACAUUUUUUUCUAGUUUAAUUCCUAUUUUUCUAGUCGCGUCAGCUCGUCUUGGUUUAGCCUGCCAUCUGAGCAAAGCCACUUUUACAGGACUUUAAUGAUAGUUAAAGCAUACAGUCCAACUUUUUGUCAACACAAUCAGGAUAAACAACUGCACAGUGACAUCUUCACGGACACUGCGAUGAUGAAGAGUAAAAGUAAGAAACUCGAGGAAGAGGGCUCUACUCACAGCAAUGCGUCAAGCAACUCCGCCUCAGAGGAAUCUAACCACUCAGCGUCUGACUCGGGCAGUCAGUCUGAGAGUGAGCAUGGCAGCGAGCGGGGCAGCGAGCGGGGCAGUGAGCGGGGCAGUGAGCGGGGCAGCGAGCGGGGCAGCGAGCGAGGCAGCGAGCAUGGCAGCGAGCGCAGGAGGUCCCAUAACUCAGAGUCCAACAGCUCCUCAGACUCAGACAGCCAACCAGAAUCUGAUGAAUCCAAGUCCCACCACAACAGCGAGGCCAAGGACAAGCCCGUUGGCCGCAAGGAGAGACUGGCUGACGUCAAGAAGAUGUGGGAGGAGCAUCCAGAUGUGUACGGUGUGAGGAGAUCCAACCGCAGCCGCCAGGAGCCUGAGCGCCUCAACAUAGGAGCAGGGGGCAGCAGUGACUCGGAGAGUGAGAGCCCCAAACGCAAAAGCUCACGGACUAAAAAGAAGGAACUAAUCGGGAAAGAUGGAGACUCCGAUGAUGAAGAGGAGUCGGAGUCUGAAAAUUCCGACAGUGAGCAGGAAGAGAAAAAAGUUAGAUCCAGACGACUUCCUGCCCGAAGGCCUCAGAGUAGAUCAUCCAAAAAGCAGCAGUCUCAGAAGGCCAGGAAAUCCAGGAGACAGGAGUCCUCUGUUGAUGAGGAUGAGGAGGACGAAGACGAUGAUGAUGAUGAUGAUGAUGAAGAUGAUGACGAAGAGGACACUCCAAAGAGACAACCGCGCAAAAGAGGGGCCACCAAAGUCAAGAGCUAUAAGGAGGACCAGCACGACUUUGAGACAGACUCUGACGACCUGAUUGAAAUGACAGGGGAUGCAGGAGAGGAGACGCAGGAUGACGACAGCGAGACCAUCGAGAAAGUCAUGGACACCAGGACAGCCAGGAAAGGAGCCACUGGAGCGCGCACCACCCUGUAUGCAGUGGAGGAGAACGGAGACCCGUGUGAGGGCUUUGACCCCAGCACUGAGGAGGGGGAGACCCAGUACCUGAUCAAGUGGAAGGGCUGGUCCUACAUCCACAACACCUGGGAGAGCCUGGACUCCCUCACCCAGCAGAAGGUCAAGGGCCUCAAGAAACUAGACAACUUCAAGAAGAAGAACGAUGAGCUCAAUGCAUGGCUGGAGAAGGCCACUCCUGAAGACAUCGAGUUCCACAACUGUCAGCAGGAGCUCAACGCAGAUCUCAAUAAACAGUUUCAGAUCGUGGAACGCAUCAUUUCCAUUAAAACGGGAAAGUCCCACGUGCCUUCUGACUUCCCCUCUCACAGCCAUAAGACGGGCUCCUCAGAUGAGCCGGAGUACCUGUGUAAGUGGAUGGGCCUGCCAUACUCUGAGUGCAGCUGGGAGGAUGGCGCUCUGGUCAAGAAGAAGUUCCAACACUACAUCGACAGCUUCAACAGCCGCAACUCCAGCAAGACCCUGCCCUCCAAAGACUGCAAGGUUCUGAAGCAAAGGCCAAGGUUUGUGGCUCUGAAGAAACAGCCCUCAUACAUCGGAGAUGAAAACCUGGAGCUGAGAGACUACCAGCUGGCUGGGGUCAACUGGCUGGCUCACUCCUGGUGCAGGUGUAACAGUGUGAUCCUGGCUGAUGAGAUGGGCCUGGGGAAGACCAUACAGACCAUCUCGUUCCUGUCCUACCUGUUCCACCAGCACCAGCUGUACGGGCCCUUUCUGGUGGUGGUGCCCUUAUCCACACUUACUUCCUGGCAGAGGGAGUUCCAGACUUGGGCCCCCACCAUGAACGUGGUGGUGUACCUGGGAGACGUCAUGAGCAGGAAGACGAUCCGGGACUAUGAGUGGGUUAACCACCAAACAAAGAGGAUCCGCUUCAAUGCCCUGUUAACAACUUAUGAAAUCCUCCUGAAAGACAAGGGCGUGCUGGGGAACAUAAACUGGGCAUUCCUGGGCGUGGACGAGGCGCACCGUCUGAAGAACGAUGACUCGCUGCUGUACAAGAGCCUGAUGGAGUUUAGGUCCAACCACAGACUGCUUAUCACAGGCACACCUCUGCAGAACUCCCUCAAAGAGCUGUGGUCCCUGUUGCACUUCCUCAUGCCGCACAAGUUUGACUCGUGGGAGGACUUUGAGGAUGAACACGGUAAAGGACGUGAAAAUGGGUACCAGAGCCUGCACAAAGUCCUGGAGCCAUUCCUGCUGCGUCGUGUCAAGAAGGACGUGGAGAAGUCUCUGCCCGCUAAAGUGGAGCAGAUCCUGCGUGUGGACAUGAGCGCUCAGCAGAAACAGUUCUAUAAGUGGAUUCUCACAAGAAACUACAAGGCUCUGUCCAAAGGCACCAGAGGCAGCUCGUCUGGCUUCCUCAACAUCGUCAUGGAGCUGAAGAAGUGCUGCAACCACAGCUUCCUUAUCAAACUUCCUGAGGAGGAAGAGGAGGGGGACAGCAAGCCCACGCAGCUGCAGGCCCUGGUGCGAGGCAGUGGGAAGCUGGUGCUGCUGGACAAGCUGCUGACCCGCCUCCGAGAGAGAGGGAACAGAGUGCUGAUUUUCUCUCAGAUGGUGCGCAUGCUGGACAUCCUGGCCGAGUACCUCACCAUGAAGAGAUACCCUUUCCAGCGACUGGACGGUUCCAUAAAGGGAGAGAUACGGAAACAGGCUCUGGAUCACUUUAACGCAGAGGGCUCAGAGGACUUCUGUUUCCUGCUGUCCACUCGGGCUGGAGGUCUGGGCAUUAAUCUUGCUUCUGCAGACACUGUGGUCAUCUUCGACUCGGACUGGAACCCUCAGAAUGACCUGCAGGCCCAGGCUCGGGCACACCGCAUUGGACAGAAGAAGCAGGUAAAUAUUUAUCGGCUGGUGACCAAAGGAACAGUGGAGGAGGACAUUAUUGAAAGAGCCAAGAAGAAGAUGGUUCUGGACCAUCUGGUCAUUCAGAGGAUGGACACCACUGGACGCACAGUUCUGGACAACAGCUCAGGAAGCACAAAUUCCAAUCCCUUCAACAAAGAAGAACUGACGGCCAUCCUCAAGUUUGGAGCAGAGGAGCUGUUUAAAGAGGCAGAGGGGGAGGAGUUGGAGCCACAGGAAAUGGACAUCGAUGAGAUCUUGAGACUGGCCGAAACCAGAGAGAGUGACCAGGGCUCCAGUGCCACAGACGAACUCCUCUCCCAGUUCAAGGUGGCUAAUUUCUCCACAAUGGAGGAGAGCACUCCGGAGCUGGAGGAGAAGCCUGCUCGAGAGUGGGAUGACAUCAUUCCAGAGGAGCAGCGCAGGAAGAUAGAGGAGGAGGAGAGGCAGAGGGAGAUGGAGGACAUCUUCAUGCUACCCAGAAGCAGGAGCUCCAACAAGAAGGCCCAGGCCAACGACAGCGACAGUGACGUGGGCUCCAAGCUGAAGAACCGCUCGUCUGGCUCUGACAGCGACAGUGAGGAUAGCGGAGAUGACAAAAGGCCCAAGAGGAGAGGCCGUCCCCGGGCUCGCAAGAACAAUGUGGAGGGCUUCACUGAUGCUGAGAUCCGCAGGUUCAUCAAGGCUUAUAAGAAGUUUGGAGCCCCUCUUGAAAGGCUGGAGGCCAUCGCUCGAGACUCUGAGCUGGUGGACAAAUCUAUCGCAGACCUGAAGAGACUGGGCAUGCUGGUCCACUCCACCUGUAUGUCAGCACUACAGGAGCACGAGGAGCAGCUCAAGGAGAACCCUGUGGAAGCUAAAGGUCCCGGGAAACGCAGAGGGAUCAACAUCAAAAUCUCAGGAGUCCAGGUCAAUGCAAAGUCCAUCAUCCAGCACGAGGAGGAGUUUGAGCCUCUCCACAAAGCGGUGCCAGCUAACCCCAGCGACAGGAACAAGUUUAUGCUGAACCUCCGAGUGAAGCAGGCCCACUUUGACGUGGAGUGGGACCUCCAGGAUGACACUCAGCUGUUGCUAGGGAUCUACGAGCAUGGCUUUGGGAACUGGGACCUGAUCAAGACCGACCCCGACAUGAGGCUCGUGGACAAGAUUUUGCCUGAUGACCCCAGUAAGAAGCCCCAGGGCAAGCAAUUGCAGGCACGCGCCGAGUACUUGCUCAAGCUGCUCAAGAAGGAGCAGGACAGUGCAGAGCAGGUGUCCAGAGAUGAGGUGAAGGUGAAGAAGAGGAAGCCCCGGGUGAAGAAGGACAGUGGUGCUUUGAAGGAUGAGCAGGGCCAGGACAUGUGCUCCCCACGCCUGUCCGACAAUCAGUCAGAGGAGGGGGGCAUCAAGCAAGAAGAUGGAGCAGAGAAGUCACCCACCAAGAAAAGACCAAAGAAACGCGCCAACAAGGAAAACAAGGAGAAGCAGGGCACUCCGAAAAAGGACAAGGACGCAGACAAGGACAAGAAAGCCCCACGGCCCCGCAAGGAAAAGCCUAAAACAGUGAAGGGCAGGAAGAACCAGGGCCCCGUGCACAUCACAGCUGGCUCCGAGCCCGUCCCCAUCCAGGGCAAAGAGGACGAUGAGCUGGAUCAGGAGACUUUCAGCAUUUGUAAGGAGCGCAUGCGUCCAGUGAAGAAGGCCCUGAAGCAGCUGGACAAGCCAGACGAGGGGCUGACCGACCAGGAGCAGCUGCAGCACACCCGCACCUGUCUGCUGAAGAUCGGAGAUCGCAUCAGCGAGUGCCUGAAAGCCUACAGUGACCCAGAGCAUGUCAAGCUGUGGAGGAGAAACCUGUGGAUAUUUGUCUCCAAGUUCACUGAGUUUGGUGCCCGGAAGCUCCACAAACUGUACAAGAUGGCUCAGAAGAAGCGCUCACAUGAAGAGGAGAAGGAGCAUAAGAAGAAGGACGAUAGUGGUAAAACGAAGACGCUCAGACCAGAAGCUGCAAGCUCCAGCCGGGACGGGGGAGCUUCCUCCAAAUCUGGGCCCCAGGGACACCACCGAGAGCCCCAUGCCCCUGGAGCCAAGAGGCACUUCAAUGACGAGCGCGGGGACUGGCAGAGGGACAGGAAGUACCCAUACCCCGGGAACAGUGGUCCGCCAUGGGGUGAGCGCCCCCAUCAGUAUGACCGCUACAAGGACCACUACAGCGACCGCCGCCCACACGGGGGAGAGUACCGCAGCUCAGGAGGGUACCGCAACAACACAUCACCAAGGAAACGGCCUUAUGAGUACAGCAACGACAGAGAUCACCGGGCCCACCGGCCCUAUUAUGACAGACAUUCAGACCCGAAGAGGAGACGUCCUGAUGAGUUCCGCGGCCCUGGCUACCACUCAGGCCGAGAGGGGCCCAUGCAGGAGUUCAGGAGGCCCCCAGAGCACAGGCAGAGCGGCCCCCCAGGACCUGAUAACUACCGGCCCUUCCCCCAAGACAAGCCCCUUCCUCUGCUCGACCCCCGCUCUCCCCAGACUCACAAGUCCCCCCAGGACUCCCGCUCCCCCCUUGAGAGGCCCCUGGACCCCAAUGCCAGCGGGGACGCCAUCUGGAGCCGCAAAGCCAACUAAGCUAAAAGGACUCUGCUCAACCGUGUGACUGCAGAGAACUGAUGUGGCUUUCAAAGGCCGCCACAUGUAGACCAGGACUAAACAAGUGUUGUUCCUGUAUAAAACAGGAGAAAAGCAGAAACAAAAUCUGAUUAGAUUUCAGCCCAAGUGAUCAGAGAAUUUCUGAGUUUCAUCAGAAGCCCUCGUCUCUCAGUUUGAGAUGUGCUCUCCUGUGACUGUGUUAAAGUCCACAGCCUGGGCCUGUGUGCCAAAGUGGGCCAGGCCAAACCACUCCAGCUGCUCUGUGACCCGGGCCACAGGGGGGCCACAGGGGGGCCACAGGGGGGCCACAAGUGUUUAUCCCUGUCUGUAUCACACUGACUGUGUCGGAGAUUAGUCCUAUGGAACUAUUCCACAGCAGUGUGAGAACUGUAUUGAGAAGUGUGUGGGGGGUUCAUAUGGACUGCCCCUCAAAGUGCCUGAGUGGAUCGUGUAUGGGAGAUGCUCCCAGAAGAACAUAGUGACAUGGACAUGUGUUAUGACUAUGAUUUGUGAGAUUAGCUUUAAGUUUUGUGAAUUUAAAAAAAGAGAAUGUUGUAAUGCACCUUCAAAUGUAGCUCGCUCUCUCUCCUGUCCUAUGCUCAAGUGUCAAAUGUUUAGUACAGACUCAGAUCUGUAUGUCCUUUUGCUUUGGGAGGGAGCGGCAGUAUUCAGGCACAACCCUAUUUUAACACUACAUAGACUUUGCCUCCCAGUAUUUGCCACUUCACCUUCUAUUGCACAUUUUAACUUGGAUGGUAACUACAGUACCAGGUCUGAUUUUAGCUUUUCCUCUGAGUCCACACGGACUCCCACUGAAUUAGUCUGGUGCCAAAGUCCGGCAUUUUCUUCAGCUUUUCCAUGGUGCCUUAUUUGUGUUUUAUUGUAUUAAACUGGACAUUGCGCGGGCAGUACACAUGUGGCAGUGUGGGCAGUGGAAGGUGAGUAUUAGGGACCAUUUCUCCUGUUUGUGAAUGUGGCUCUGACUUGAACUCUAUGAAAGCUACAUCUGUGGAUCUUGUUGAAGAAAUAAUUUAUAUUUGAGACAUGUGCUGUACAUAUGGGACAUGUGGAAUAAACUCAUGUGUUCAUAAAA